UAAGGGUCAGAGAAUUUGUAGAAAGUUGGUCAGGAGAAGUCAAGCAAAAUCAUGGAAUUUAAAACAAAAAUUGAGUAGGAACCCCAUAUUUAGACUACCGUUGUCUCUAUCUGUAAAACUGACUCGUCAUUUUCAGAGACUUGGUCUACUGAGUCUUCAUGAAGUUGAGUUUGAGGGCCAAUAGGAUACAAACAAUAAAAAUAAAAAUGUUAUUGAUAUAAAUAUUUUAUAAAGAGAUCAAUAUUCUAAAUUAUUUUCAUUCUUGCCAGAUGUAUUUUCUAUAGCAAUGCAUUCAACUUGGCUCAAAUUAAGUCAGUCCAUACCAAUUUUGAUGAUGAUGUAAUAAUGGCUAGCUAUUAAAAAGUACUUCAUGAAAAUUUGUUAUAUAUUAGUCUGUGAUUUUUUUUUUUAAAUGUUGCAUUUUGGAAUAUUAUAAACGUAUUUUUAUGAUGGCCAGACAGCUGAGUGGUUAAGGUGUCAGCCUAUUGCCACGGAUGACCCGAAAAAAAAAACAGGAAAUUUUUGAGGUGGUCCAUUCUGGAUAUUUUGGGUCUUGUUCCUUGGCCGUCUAGUCACAGGCCUAUUUAAAUCACUGGCCAGGUUUUAAAAUAGGUUGUAACAUUAAUGAGUCUGUAGAUAAACGAACAAAUCUGUAUAAAUACUAUAAACCAUUCCUUGCAUUUGGAUUUAUUCAGAAUAAAACAUUUAAGAAUCUUUAAAGUCCAGUAACACAAAUUUUAAUGAAAUGUUACUGGACUUUAAAGGUUCUUGAUUGUGUGUGAUUCAUUCCAGUAAUUCGGUAAGAAGAUAGUUUAAUCUUUAAAAGAUUUAUUGUGAUGGCAGCAACAUCUCUUUAUUAGAUCUAAAUAGAGUCUGAAAGAAUGUAAUUUGAAUGAAAACAGUUUUUUAGAACAAUCUGAUGAUAUUUUUAUUUAAAUUCUUUUUUUUCAGUUGGACCUGACAAUAAGGUGUUGCUAUUUUGAAAAAACAUUUUAUACUGAAAAAAUUGCAGUUCAUUACACAAAAAUACAAAUACUGGUAGUUGAUUGUUAGUUUAUAUCCUUCAGUAUUGUUUUCCAGGUUUUCUUUGCAUACCUAACACCUAAAUUGGGGCUGGUUUCCCAUAGAAUCUCUUCCUAUGUGGCAACACUCCAGUAGCAGAUAACUCAAGUGUUACAUUGCACUUCCAUUAAUUCUAACCCAAAUAAAUAAUUUUUUUGAACUGUUUUUAUGCAUAUGAAGUUUUUUUUUGUUACUUUUAAAAAUUAAAAUACAUGAUUUUUAGUGUUUUGGUCAAAUUCAAUUAAUUAUGUUUUGUUUGGGAUUUUACCAUUUUUUUCAAUAUAAACUACAUGUACAUCAGACGUAAAUAGCUUUUAGUUAACAAUAAAUUUUGUUAUACUGUAUUGUAAAUAUUACAUAAAUUCUAAUUUCUUAUUUUUAAUUUAUUUUACUUUUGGUGAAUAAAGAUUCUUCUGCUAAGAAACCUGCCUCAGUGCAAGAAACCUGCCUCAGUACAGAAGCUGUAAAAAGUUUUCAAUUGCUUAGUGCCAGUGCCAAGGAUUAUGAGAAAAUCACUCAGAAAUUAGAAAGAAAUGCUUCUGAUAUGGAACCUAUCUCAGCACAAGUAUUCCCUACAGAAGAUGUAAGAGCGUUAAAAUUGCUUAGUGCCGAUUCUGAAGAAAUCAUUGAGAAACCAGAAACAAGAAGGAAAAAAAGAAAAUGUCGUGGUAAGAGUUUAAAUCAAUCAGUACCACAGUUUGGAAGCAGUUCAUUGUACUCUGUUUCAGACUUUGAAGCUGAGAAGGGAGAUGAACCUCUUCCAGAUGCUGAAAGUGGUCCAACACCCUCUUCAGUACCACGAUUUGGAAGUAAUCAAACACCCACUUCAGUACAACAAUUAUUUGGAAGUGGUCCAACACCCUCUUCAGUACCACAAUUUUUUGGAAGUGGUCCAUUGCCUUCUUCAGUACCACAAUUUGGAAAUAGUCGAACACCCACUUCAGUAUCACAAGUUUUUGGAAGUGGUCCAACACCCACUCCAGUACCACAAUUUUUAAGUAGUCGAACACCCACUUCAGUAUCACAAGUUUUUGGAAGUGGUCCAUUGCCCUCUUCAGUACCACAAUUUGGAAGUGGUCCAACACCCUCUUCAGUAUCACAAGUUUUUGGAAGUGGUCCAACACCCUCUUCAGUGCCACAUCUUGGAAGUGGUCCAACACCCACUCCAGUACCACAAUUUUUAAGUGGUCGAACACCCACUUCAGUAUCACAAUUUUUUGGAAGUGGUCCAACACCGUCUUCAGUACCAUGUUUUAGAAGUGGUGCAUUCCCCUCCUCAGUUUCAGGCUUUGGAAGUGGUCAAUCCCCCUCCUCAGUACCAUGUUUUGGAAGCAGUCCAUCAGCCACAUUAGUAGAAUUUGUUAGUAGACCUGGUGUACCAACUUACUUAUCUUCUUCAAAUUCAUCAGACAUUGCUCUUGGAGCUGCUCCCCUUCAUCCUCCUAGAUUAUUAUUCGAACCAUGUGAACCAAUCUGCGCUAUGCAAACAGAGAAUAUAGCUUCGUUGUCACUUCAUCAACAAUCUUUAAUCAAGAGGCAUAGACUUGUAGAUGAUUCUUCCAAGAUGUCAAGAUCAAAAGUAGUUAAAUUUGGUGAUACUGAAAUUGUCAUCAAUGACAGAGAAACAGAAAUUACACAGAAGGAAUUAACUACCUAUUCAAUAUUCAUUGAAUUAAAAGAAUGGGUUAAAUGUAAAGGUGGUUUGCCAUUAUGUGACUUUGUAUUUACUAAUAUCCAAAAUAGUGCAAUGAAAGAAAACAACGAAGAAUUACUCGAGUUAUUAAAGAAUGUCCCAUACUGUGAAAAUGCUAUUUCGGAACCGGAACCAGAAAUUUUAGACUCGGACUGCGACGAUAAAUUACGAAAAACAAUCAUAGAUAUGUUUAACAUUAUUAAUAAAAAUGGUGGAUUUUGCACAGAAGGAAAUCUCCUCCAGAAAGGAAUUCUUAAAAAGCCAUUUUUGUUAUAUCUCAGAGAAGCCGGUUUAAAUUCUCUAGGAACAAAAGCUUCUAAAGAUAUAGAAUUAAUGGUAUCCACAUUAGCCUUUCUCCUGUUCUGUGCAUCCUACUUUGUCCAGUUUUCUAAGAAAAAGAUCUCUGGAAGUACCGAAAUCGAUAAACUACAACACCUUGCAGAUUUUCUAGGCGAAACAAUACUUUCAGAAGAAUUGAUAGCCAUUAUUAAAACUAUCAAAUUUAUAAUUUGUAUACAACACAAGUAUUCCAUGGCUUGCCAGUCUCUCGGUGUAGGCAAAAAUUGGGAAGAUUUCAUAUUAGAUUUUAUUCAGGAACCCUCGCACUAGUGCUGCAAUACUUAAUAUAUUGAAUAAUCAAAAAUCAGAUUCAAAUGCUAUUUUAAAUUGUUACUAUGUCAUUGAAUUUAAUGUUAGUAUAUAAAUAAUUAAUUAAAAAUAUAAUAUACUGUGAUUUGAAAUUAAAAGCAAAAUACAAACAAUAACCAAUCCCUCUAUUUUGUAAUAUUUAGUAAUAAUGAUAUUAGUCCCAUAUGUUAAACGAGAAAUCUUAAAGAUUAGAUUAAAACACAUUCAUUUCCGAACGUAUGCAAGAAUGAAAAUAUUCCAUGUAUAUUUUUAUACAAUUUAAAUUGAAUUUUCUUUUAUAAAUAUUAGAAAACUAACAUGUUGAUCCAUAGACAGGACUCUCUUAUAUCUUAUGCAUUUUAUUGAAGAUUCUAUUGAAUUGGUGGUCACAUUUUUCACAUUAAUAUGUAACUGUUUACCAGAGAUGUGUUUUCAACAUUUAUUAUGAUUUACCUAUUUUUGAACUGACAAUAAUAAAUAAAUAUAAGUAAUACAAGUAUACUGUUA